AUGGCCAGAAUUGCCCUACAAGCUUGUUUGAUGGUGGAGGUUGAAUGCAUCGGAUUUGAGGUCCUCACUGUAUUAGCUGGACUUGAAGGUACGACCGAGCUGUGCGCACAAACACUGCUUGUGACAUUGUGCGGGUUCAUUUUUAAAGUUCCAUUCUCGAUUGGGAUCGCAGCUAGCACUCAAAUUGCCGAUCUCUUGGGAAGCGGUUCACCAUCUGAAGCCAAAUACGUAGCAAGGCUUGGUCUCGUUCUUGCUGGCGGUAUAGGCUCUGUCAUACUUUUGUUGGUUUUAUUUUUUCGCAAGCAGAUCCCCGCUAUUUUCACUUCUGAAGAGGAAGUUGCCGGCUUGAUGCUUAUCACUAUACCUUUAGUAGCUGUUUUCACUUUGAUCGAUGCUAUCGCUGGUGUGUUUACUGGAAUCAUUAGAGGCACUGGGAAGCAUUAUAUUGGGGCGUUGAUACAGGCUGUGGGAUAUUACGCAAUUGGGCUUCCUUGUAGUAUAGUCACUGCUUUUACUCUUGGUUGGCAUCUCGAUGGACUUUGGGCGGGAAUUUCGAUCGCUAUGUUCAUCAUAUGCGUCUCACAGGGAUUUUACGUAUUUAUUCUGGACUGGGAUAAGCUGGUAGAAGAGGCCAAGUCUCGCAAUGCUUUGGAUUCAGAGUCAUGA